CGCCUGGUCGAUUCGCCAGCCUACGAGGAGUAUUUGCGUCCCCGUUUGAACCGAUCUGCAUCGUUCCUUCGUUCAAUCUCCAUGCUUUCACCCUGGGGCAAGAAAAAGGACAACGCUGCCAAGUCCAGCUCGAGUUCUGGCCAGUUCCAGGCGCUACCAGAGAUGAAGAGUGAGGGUUUCGUAAGCACAAAUUCCAAAUCAAAG